GAACAGAAAUAACCUUAAAAUUGUUUUAUGAUUUGUGACUGUUCAUUUUGAAGUUAUAUAGUUUAGUUGUGAAAUAGUGAAAUUAAUUAAUAAUAUUUUUGUAUAACAGUUGUAAUCGCAAGACAAUCAUUUUGCACAUUCCUUGAAAAUGGAAUUCGUUGAUGCUAUACCCGUUGCUUUCAAGGAAAUUACUCCAAAUCACAAUAUUUCAGAGAAAUGGAAAGAAAUCGUUUUAAACACAGGUGGUACACACAGCACUCUGCAAGACAUCAAAUUGCCUCAAAAAGCCGGCGGGUAUUGGUACAGAGAAUCACAGAAGGCUAAUACUAGAAAUAGAUUAAUUUAUUGGCAAACAACGUCAGAUGCAAUUGAGUUAUCAGAGGCGUCACUCGACGUCAACCUCUCGGGAGCCAACUUACGAUGCAAAGUCGCACCUGGGACACCUCCACUCAAUAACAUGACUGUAUAUGAGAGAACAGCAAAUCAGGAAAUGAUCAUUCUUGCUGCCACAGUAUCAUCUGUGCAUAGAUUAGUAUUUCCACACCCUGAAGUUUUAGACAAGAAGGCCACAUUUGGAUCAAUGAGCACAACUUCUCCCUCAAUAUUCCAAGAAACCAGUGCCAUAAACAACCCUAAUAAUUACUAUAUUCUCAACCAAUAUGCAACACCAACCACAGGAGUAGCACACACAUGUGCAUCAAUGCUUCGGGAUAAUGGUGAAGCGGUGUUCGCACUUGCGUUUGGCCAUGGCGGUGAAGGCGGUUUGUUGCUAGUUAAGCUACCAGUUGCCGGUGCUGCAGUCACUACUCUAUUGAAGAGGGAGUCUACUGUACCUAGAUUCUUGUCUGGCAUUACUGGAGCUUUGAGGGGGAAGACAGAUGGUGUUGAAACAUAUGGUGUAGUACUCACAAAUACUAUGACUGUUGCGGUAUGUGGGGACACAUGUCUACGAGGCUGGGCGCUGGACGAGGGUGGUGCCCCAACCGCCGUCUCGCCGCCAUUAUCACAGACACUUGUUAGGCCGAAACCACCACCACAUGGCCAUAUGCUUCAAAAGACAGCAGGCACAGACGGUAGUGUAAUUCUGGUCGCAUACCUGUCCUUUCCCAAUGAGUGCGAAUUCGUUGUUAUGAAGAUGCAUGGCAGCGGUGCAGGUGUUGUUAAAUUCGCACAUAUUUGCCGCAUUUUUGGACCACAGAUAUUCUGUUUAUUCCAGUUGGAUCUGCUAGAUUACAAAAUUGGUUAUGGAGAUGGAAACAAUGUAGUUUGGGCACUUUGGAGCCAGCCUGACGGAGAAACUAUUAUAACAAGCAGCGCUCUAGGCCCUGAGGUGUCGUGGCGAGCAGUGUGCGGUCGCGAACCGCCACCGCCACUGCUACAUUACUCCACUCACCAACAAUACCGCGAUCGGCUUAUGGCACCUGGACUCUUCCCUCCUGCUGUACUGAACAAGGCUCUGGUGAUAUACCGUCGUACAUGGGGCACCGAGACAGGUGCAAAUGUGACUACUGGUGUGGAUGGCGACUUGGGCGAGGCGUGUAUAAGCGCAGUUCAGUCGCGCAUCUGCCACUUGGCUGCGCGUGCGCAGGCGUCUGAUCACUCGCAUCUUAUGCACAAAUGCUGGUCGGACUUAUAUAGCUGGUGUAUGCAAUACAUGGAGGGAUUGCAAAAACCUUUAGGCCUUAUGGUUUCCAAACAUGGUUCGGAUAUGGAUAGUGGCUGGUGGUGUGCCGUCGUUCGCCGCGCUGGGAUCUCGUUAAUAAGAGAGCUGGAGCCUUUGGAGAGGUUAAUGCUUUCGCCGGAAUCUACCUCGCUUGGAAUAUUAGGCUCAGAAACAGGCGAACUAUCAAGUGACGCAGUUCGCGUAGUAGUGGCAGGAGCUCAGUGGGAGCGGUCAACGACACUGGCGGGGGCUGCAGAACUAGAGCGGCGGUUGUUCGCCGCUGCUGCACCGCAGCAUCGCUUGCUGCCACGACUGCUGCAUCUGCUCAUGGCUCCGCAGCCGACCAACCAAUCGCAUGCGCAAUCCACGUUAACCCCGCAGCAAAUUGACGAGCUGACGUCGAUCUUAGAACCAAUCAAAGACCUUCAGAAUGCCGUUCUAGAACUUAACGACGCUUUGAGGCUUGAUGUUCCUGAUAUCGAUAUUUCAAAAAGUGAUGAAGAAGAAACCAAUGAAUAUGAUAACUUGUUUGCUAGCGACUUGGGAGUCUCCGUGGUCACUGAAGCGAUACGGCAAAUGGCGGAAAUGAGAUCUCGCGUAGUUCGAGGAGCAUUAGCAGCUUUGGGUGCAGCAAGAGGCGCAGGAGACGUACCGGGCGCAGGUCAUUGCGCUGUACAUUGGCAAGCCUAUAGGGCACUGCUGUGGCUACGAGCUGCUACGCUUCAUCGCCCUGCAGCAGGAACAGCGGAAGCUUUUCGUUUAAAACUCAGCGCCCUAGGCGCUGAAGCGAGCGCUUUAAGCGGAGCUGAAAGCACGUUGCGCGCGGGGGGGCUGGUGCACGAGUAUGCGCGUGCUGCGGGGGGGCGACGGGCACGAGCGCACUUAGCCGCUGCCAGAGCGCCUACGCACUGGCACCAGGCCAUGCCUCUGAUGGCUUAUCAUCUCGCGCAUCAAUUAUGGGCAGUAAGCGGCGGUUUCGAGUUCGGCUGGUGGCUGGCCAGUGUCAACCAGCCGCGCCUCGUACAGAACUACGUUUCCAUGCUGGAACCUUGGUGUGAAUGGAAUGCUUGCUCACGUCAGUUUAUCCUGGGUUUAUCAUUACUGGACUUAGAAGACGCGGAGAACGCGUAUACCGCAUUUUGCAAAGCCGCAAAGGGCGUUAGCACGGAACCUUUUCUACGGCAGUUAGUGGCCGCUCCAGAUGCCCGGUUAACGCAACAUCAGGCCCUUGUUCUAUAUUAUAUGAAGGUCAUAAAGUUGUUUGAAAUACAUGACGCCGGAGCGUGUGUGGUGCGUCUUGCUGAAACCGCUAUUAGCAUCGCUGACAAGGACGAUCCGAAUUUGGCGAUGUUCCAGUGGCUUGUGUUCAAAUGGCACCUAGCAGGUGGCCGGAUAGAGCGCGCGCUGUCUGCCGCCGCCGCCAGCCCUGCACCACACGCCCGGCAGGCUGCUGCCGCCACACUACUCACUACUCUUGCACAGCGCAAGCAACUAGGUGCGCUGGUAUCGUGCGGUGCACUAGCAAAUGACGCAGAACGUGCGGCGGCGGCUCGAGCCAAGCUACACGAUGCGCAUACACAUAAUCCGUACUACGACUUCCUCUAUGCGCUGCACAUUUCCAGACAUCAUUAUAGAAAAGCGGCAGCAGUGAUGUACGAGCGCGCCGCCCGCUGCGCUGCAGAACGUACGACGGGCGCCGACCGUAUGCGCCGGCGCUGGCUGGCUGCUGCACUUACCUGCCUGCGCCUUGCCAAGCCCGACCACGCCUUCCUCGCAAGACCCGCGCAAAAUAGUUUACAGGUGAUCGGUCCAGAAGAAUUGGCCGCAGAACUACGAGAAGAAGAUCCAGAUUCCAUGGAUCCUGUACAACAGGCGUUGCUCAAGAAUGAAAAUAUAGACUUCGAAAGCCUAUAUCCGAGAUUGAAAGAAGCGGAUCCCGAAACUCUAUUGGCGGUGACCAAGAGAGUCCUUAGCACUGACCAGUUUUUACCUCGUUGGUUCGUACUUAGAUAUAUGGAAGUAGACGGAGCAGGGUGUAUUCGUGCCCUGCUAAGCGGCGGGCGCGUCGUAGAAGCAGGGUCGGCAUGCUGCGAAGCUCUCCGCAGCGCACUUUGUUCUAUCCAGCCGUACAGCCCUGCUGCACCGCGAGCUGCGCCACUCGCGCUUGCUGAUUUGUUAAUAGCUGAGUUACACCAUCACUUGCAGCAUCCAGCUUCUAAACAAGUGUACGACGAACUAACUCAACUUAUCAAAGAUUACACGCAAGUUGUAAUAAGAACCUCAGACGAUAUGAAAGUGGCACAACUUAAGCAUGCAAUUAAUGUUAAAAAUAAUUAAUUUCAAACUUUCUUUUCUUUAUUAAAACAUUUGU